GUUGCCUCGACCUCUGUGUCUUCCAGGCAGACCAGGGAACAGGAGACACCCCCGGACUUCUUCUACUUCUCUGACCUGGAGAGACACAACGCUGAGAUCGCUGCCUUUCAUCUGGACAGGAUCCUAGACUUCCGGAGAGUGCCCCCGGUGGCGGGAAGACUGGUUAACAUGACCAGGGAGAUACGGGAUGUGACCAGGGACAAAAAGCUCUGGAGGACUUUCUUCAUCUCCCCAGCCAAUAACAUUUGUUUCUAUGGCGAGUGCUCCUACUACUGCUCUACUGAGCAUGCUCUGUGUGGAAAGCCGGACCAGAUCGAGGGUUCUCUGGCUGCCUUCCUGCCAGACCUGGCCCUGGCCAAACGCAAGACCUGGAGGAACCCUUGGAGACGAUCCUACCACAAACGCAAGAAAGCAGAGUGGGAGGUGGACCCAGACUACUGUGACGAGGUGAAGCAGACUCCUCCCUAUGACCGUGGUUCUCGUCUCCUGGACAUCAUGGACAUGACCAUCUUUGACUUCCUCAUGGGUAACAUGGACCGGCACCAUUACGAGACUUUUGAGAAGUUUGGAAACGAGACCUUCAUCAUCCAUCUGGACAACGGAAGAGGGUUUGGGAAACACUCCCACGACGAGCUCUCCAUCCUGGUGCCUCUGAGCCAAUGCUGCAGAGUGAGGAAGUCGACCCACUUGCGUCUGCAGCUGCUCGCCAAGGAGGAGUACCAGCUGAGCCGUCUGAUGGAGGAGUCCCUGCUGCGUGACCGCCUCCACCCCGUCCUUAUCCAGCCCCACCUGGAGGCCAUGGACCGGAGGCUGCGCCUGGUGCUCCAGGUCCUGGCUGUCUGCGUGGAGAAGGAGGGCUACAGUAACGUGGUGGAGGUGGACGACCACCACUGGGCUAGAGAAGCCAGAGGGGGCAGGGACACAGCCACCCAUAGGAACCCAGGGCACAGGUAGUAAGGCCUGGCUAGGAAGAGAGGGAGAUGGGGGGUGGAGGGGUGGUACCGCUGCUUCUCCCGCUUCUCCCAAUCCUGGACCUCCAAAGAAACUACCGUAGAUGGUGAACCAACCAUGGGUGUCUGGUCUCACGGAGAGACUGACUGGAUCCUGUGACUGUGCGAGAGCCGCCAUUUUGAAUUCAGUGAAUUCCGAGACUUGCCGCCAAUGCCUCUAUGGAACCUCCCAUGUACGUGUAUUUAUAUAUAGGUACUGUUGGUCCACAGAUAUAGCAGUGAGCUGAGGAGAGAAGAGGCCUGGUCUUUGCUAAGUACCGAUGUUUUAUUACUUCUCUUGGACAUGAUAAAUAGGGACCAUUUUGAUUUGACUUUGUUGGUUUUCUUAUUUGAUGUUUUUUGGGUUGUUUGAAUGCGAAGGCUAUCAUUGUUUGCUCGGCUUAGCGCUAAGCUAGCUACAGUAUAUUUGUGUUACACAACCAAAUGAGAUUUUACUUUAACAAGUUAAAAUGUGGUUUGAGCUUUAUUUAUGCACAGUAACUGGAGGAAUGGAAUAUAAGGUUUAUAGAGCUUUAAUUUCAGAGGGAGUGUAUGAAAGAAUAUGGUAUAUUAUUUAUGAUAAAUGUCAGUGUGACCGUUAUUUAUCAGUUGCCUCCAUGUUCAACCCAUCACUAUCUAUGACUAUGCUGAAUGCCUCCAUUACUAUGAGACAUUAUACCAGAGGCGGUUUACAGUACAGACCUGACCUGCUAUUUACUAAGAAAUGACAUGGUAAAAUGGUCAUUGUACAGUAAUACCCCAUUAAUUACUACAUAAAGUACUCAUUUGGUACUUUGGGAUUCAAACAAGCAUUUAUAUACACACCGUUUUGAUCCAGGUAGUUCCCAGUUGUGGUGAAUUUGAAGCAUAAAGUGUAGUGAAGCUCCAGCUAGAACUCAGUGAUGCCACAUCGUUUCCUAAUAAGUACCCCCUAAAUACUCGUUGAAUCAGUACACCAUGAAAGAAAGUGCUACCGGUUUCCUUUUCAAUAAAGCUUUCAGAUCAACUUAAAUUCAGUGUUCAAAGCCUGGAUGGAAGCAGCUCUCUUAAACAAGGGCUCUUAGAGAAGCACCUCUCAGCAGCCCAGAAGUUGACUAGUGUUGAGUGCCCUUGCCCUCGUCCAAUAAUAUUAGAUAUCAUUCAAUCUUUCCAUUUCUUUUCAUCAAAGCCUUCCAUCAAAAUGUGUCACUCGUUCAUGGUUGGCACUUAAGAUAAUUGCUGCCCCAUUUAUUCCGAAAUUCGGCCUUUUUGACUGAGGAACUUCUAAAUCAAUGCUUUGCUGGAAUGGCUGGAAUGAAAACAUGCUGCGUGGUUUACUAGGACAUGUUUGUCAAGGACAUGAGAAUAGCCUUUACAGGAAGUUGUGAUAGAUGAUGACAGUGUGACCGACAUGGCUGAAAUGUUUGUUUAGAUCUCACGUCAGCUGAGCCUCUCUGUUCUGCUCUCAACAUGGCAGUCCUGGUUUACAGGAUGUGGAGACAAAGGGUACCUCCCAAAUGACAUCCUAUCCCCAUAGUGCUCUGGUCAAAAGUAGUGCACUAUAUAUGGAAUAGGGUGCCAUUUGGGAUUCAUCAAAUAAUAAUAAUACAGGACUAGGUAAAUACUGCCAUGAGAGAAUAUCAAUCUGACGCUAUUCAUUUAAUUGGCCUUCGAGGUCUUGGUAAAAAUCCCCAUAUAACUUCAUAUCAUGUAACAAAUGAGUGCUUUUUGUUGUUUUUUCCCCAAAAUAUAUUAUCUCUUUGCUUUAUCCCCACGUGAGAUUAUUUUAUUACCAACAAUUUCUCACCAGUUUUGCUCACACUUCACGCAGCCUCAAGUUGACGUCAGUAACGCCGGAAUUAUUAUUUUGGAGAUGGAAAUAGUCUAGUCUCUAUCCAUGUGGCUGUAAAGAUAGGUUGGAACAGUGAUUACAGUGUAUACCAGUAUACAAGUCAGAUGCACUACCCCGUUGUCAUGUCAUUCAUCGUUUAUACCAACUCAAGUUACCAUUACAACACCAAACAAAUGUCAAAUGCAGUUUUCUGUUACAAUCCAGGCUGCACAGUAACGCACAAUGUGCCUGUUGUAUUGUUCAACGCUUUUCCAAAUGAAAAUAGGAUUUGUCAUAACAUCUAGAAAUGGAUGAGGAAAUAAGGGGUAUGUUCUAAGGCUUUUCUUUUUUUGAAACAUUUCUCUUUAUGUUUUGGUACUAAUUAUGUUUUGGUACUAUUUAAUGUUAUGUCCAUUUUAUGAUCUGAAAAGCUGUCUUUGAUUGCUGGAAGCAUUGAGCUCAAUACAGGCUUUCCAUAUUCCACCAAUAGCCCCUAGAAUCUGGCUACGUAUGGCUAACCUGGUGCCUGUGCAAUGUUGGGUAUACUUGAAUGUUUCGGGUGGCCAUACGACCAGGACUACAACUACAUAGAGUUCACACUACAGCUUGUGUGACCUGGAUCCUCAGACUAAGUUGAAAGAGUUAACAUUAUACAUUUACGUUUGAGUCAUUUAGCAGAUGCUCUUAUCCAGAGUGACUUACAGUACUGAGUACAUACAUGUUUGCAUACUUUUUUGUACUGGUCCUCCGUGGGAAUCGAACCCACAACCCUGGAGUUGCUCUACCAACUCAGCCUUCUCCUCCCUUCAUACAGCAGCAGUUAAAGAGUUAACUCGGCCCUGGGCGUUGUACUUGCGAUUUUCAUAUUGUCACUGUAAAUAUCUAUAAAUAUAUUGGAAGACCUAAGAGGCUGCAGUGCUGCAGCGAUACGCUUCUGUUCUGUUUUCUCCUAUUGCAUUGUUGCUGUGAACAUCUGUUAGCUAAAUGAUAAAGGUGUGCAAUAAAAAAAUGACAACAAA